AUGUCAACUUUUGAUAUAUCUGAGACCGACAAUUUCCUGACUGUUUGGUCGAACGUCAGUUAUUUUUUAAAUCAAAAUGAACUUCUCAACCUGGCGUUAGUUUCCAAGAAACUGUACGACAAAAUUGCAUUACCAAAACUGUAUAAUAAGAUUCAUAUAACUAAAAACCCUAUAUUGAGAGUGGAAGGAUGUUAUCUAGAUUGCAAUACUACAUAUAUAAGUGGUUAUCGAUCGAUUCAGAAGACCAACGACCAGAAUGAUCUUUUUCUUUUUGAUAGAAUUGAACAGUUUAUAUCUGUCUUGGAGAAACAUUCACAUUUAGUUAAAGAAUUCAUUCUUGAUGAUUCUAUUUUUACUGAUAUAUCUGGGACACAGCAGUUAGUUAGCCAACUGAUAUCCAUCAUAUCCAAUAUUCAAACAAUUGAAAAGAUAUUAAUAAGGGAUCCUAUGGUUUCAAGUAAGUUUACAGAAAAAAAACAUUUAAUAGAAUCCUUAAAAUAUUUAGAACUAUACAACUUUAUGUUCUUCGAAGGUGAUAGCAUUGCAUCAGAUGUCACUAGCAUGAAAAUUAACAUUGAUUCUAGUUUUGACCCUACAAUUAUUAUUGAUGAUUCUCUGAUGAAUAUAUUAAUCAACCAACUCGACACAUUAGAAAUUUUAUUAACUGAUGAACAUCUGAAUUUUAUGGAAAUUUUAGAAUUGUUAAAUAGAAAUAAAGUAUUAUUCAAGAAUGUAAGAGCGUUGAAAUUCAGUUUUACUCAUUUUCAGGACGAUACGUCAGGUAAAUUAAUAUAUGAUUACUUUUCUCAAACAUUUGAAAUCAAUAAUAUUGAAAAGUUAGAGAUUAAUUUUUGUUGUCAUAUAGAAUACUGCAAUUGCAUUGAUAAUUUCUUAGAAUUAUUAGCACCUCAAAUGGAGAAAUUAAAUAAGAUUGCCUUAGCAGAUUCUCUCUAUCAAAAUAAAGGUGAUAAUACCCUUCAAGAACAUUUUGAUGCAUCAGUUGGGAAAUUUCUAUUAUGUUUACCAAACUAUGAAACGCAACUAAAAGAGUUAUGUAUAAGACAUGAUCCGCCAUUAAAUGGAUUAGGUACCGAUACUGUUGAAGGUAACUACUAUAGGAGAAGAAAAUUUUAUGAAGAAAUAUUACCUAAUUUUAAAUCCUUAGAAAAACUAAUUGUACCACGAAUGCUACAGUCAAUUAGUUUAUAUGAAAUAAUUGUCUGUGAUUUAUUGUGGAACGGUUGCACUUGCUCACAUUGUAAGAAAUAUUUACCCUAUUUUGAUGAAUAUUUAAUGAACCACCAAUAUUACUCUAGAGAGACAGGAUCUUAUGAAGAUAUUAUCCCUCCAGUAAUGUUCGGAUAUGUGGGUGACAUGCUAGAUCAAAGGAAUCGAUAUGAAAUUGACUGGGAUUUGAAUUGUUUUAAGUAUAACCCUGUAAAUAUAUACUGGAAUUUUCAUGGAUAUGAACAAAUUCAUCAUUUUCAUAAUUAUAAAUGUAAUUUCGAUGAGAAUAUCUUCCAUGCUCUGUUGGUAUGUGUGGCUCAUUUCUUUAAUGGAUAUAUGGAUCAUUUAGUGGCAUUCCUUCCAAGUCUGAAAGUAGCAAUGCUAUCAGGUUUCUACUACACUAUUGCUGAUAAGGAGUUGUAUUUGUAUAAUGGUAUUCAACGUCGUUACAAAUGUAUUUACGACCAAUAA